AUGUUGAGCGGAUUCAAGUAUCGCGACCAAGUGUUGGGAAAAGAUGUAGCUGUCAAAUUUCGGGUGGCCAGAAGUGCCGCUGCUGCCAAGAAUUACUUGGGAACGAUUCGCAGAAUGCAGGUUCACUUGGACGACGACGGCGAACUCGAAAUUUUACAUCAGGUUAUCUACCAAGACGGCGACGAAGAAUGGUAUGAUUUGGCAGAACUCGACCAGAGUGGACGCUUGGCCUGGUUGAAUUUUGGAGAGGAUGACGAUGUUGCUGUUCCAGCCAAGAAGGCUGCUCCCAGGAAGAGUACUAAGAAGAUUAAGCGUGAAGCUCCAAGCGACGGAGAUACCGAUGGCGACGAAGGCGAGACCGCCAAGAAGCGACCUUCCAAGAAAAGAGCCAAGACGCUUGUGUCGACAUCGUCGUCUUCUUCACAGCCUUCGGCUCCCAAGGUCGAAUCCGUCGCCACUACGACCACCCCUGUAAUAAAAUCCGAAGACGACGACCAGAAGACCGAGACUGAUGGCGAAGACGAUGAACCGGUUGGUGAAUCGACCGUCGUGUCCCCCGAAAAGCCUGCGGAACCCAGGCAACCACGCGAACCAGCCGAAGACGAGAUGGAUCUUCCAAAAUGGGUCCUGGAAAUGCAUGAUUGGAUGCUCUCCGUUCCUCAUGGCUCCAAGAACUCGACCGUGUCAGAAACCAACGCUCGCUCCGUGAUGCGUCAAGUCAAGAAGCUCGUUCGCGGCGAAGGUAUCACGUACAAGAAUUGGGAAGAAGGCAUUGUCUUUUAUGAAGACGAGCCGGUGAACCUGAGCCACAAUUUCGAGGAAAUGCUUACUCAGGCGAAGCGUUUUGAAGGCCUCCAUGGAAAGGACAAGGGCAAUGGCUGGCUCAUGCAACACCCCAUUACCAAGUUGGACCUCUACAAGCAGUACCGUGUCGAUCAAGGACAGCCAUUGGAGUAA